CACGGAGCUCUCACAGCCCAACACUUCCGGUUUGCUCUCCAACUUGUCUUUCCAGUGUAGCCCCCGGUGUGAGCAGAUACCAGAGGGGUGACAAGCACGCAGCUAGCAGGCUCAGAACACACGUAAAGAUGCCUCCAAAAAAGGUAGAAGCCCCCAAACCGCCUCCAUUAAUUGGAAGAUUUGGAACAUCUCUGAAAAUCGGAAUUGUUGGAUUGCCUAACGUUGGGAAAUCCACCUUUUUCAACGUGCUGACCAAAAGCCAAGCUGCUGCCGAAAACUUCCCAUUCUGCACAAUUGACCCAAAUGAAAGCAGGGUGCCGGUUCCUGAUGAGCGUUUUGAUUUCCUCUGCCAGUACCACAAGCCAGCCAGUAAGGUUCCAGCUUUCCUAAACGUUGUGGACAUUGCUGGUUUGGUGAAGGGAGCUCACUCAGGACAAGGACUUGGAAACGCAUUCCUCUCCCACAUCAGUGCCUGUGAUGGCAUCUUCCACAUGACUCGUGCAUUCGAUGAUGAGGAUAUCAUCCACGUGGAGGGAAACGUCGACCCAGUGAGGGACAUCGAGAUCAUCCACGAGGAGCUGCGGCUAAAGGACGAGGAAAUGAUCGCCCCGAUCAUCGACAAACUGGAGAAAACCGCCGUCAGAGGAGGAGACAAGAAACUCAAACCUGAAUAUGAUAUCAUGUUGAAGGUAAAGAACUGGGUGGUGGAAGAGAAGAAACACGUCAGAUUUUUCCCCGACUGGAACGACAAAGAGAUUGAGGUCCUGAACAAAUACCUGUUCCUGACAUCCAAGCCCAUGAUCUACCUGGUUAAUCUCUCAGAGAAGGAUUACAUCAGAAAAAAGAACAAGUGGUUGGCAAAAAUCAAGGAGUGGGUAGACGCUCAUGACCCCGGAGCGCUGGUCAUUCCUCUGAGUGGAGCUCUGGAGUCCAAAGUGCUGGACAUGGAGGAGGGGGAGAGGGACAAAUACUGCGAGGAAAUGAAGACACAAAGCGUUCUGACCAAAAUAAUAAAGACCGGCUACGCGGCGCUGCAGCUCGAAUACUUCUUCACAGCGGGACCAGAUGAGGUGCGAGCGUGGACCAUUAGGAAAGGGACCAAAGCUCCCCAGGCUGCUGGAAAGAUCCACACCGACUUUGAGAAAGGCUUCAUCAUGGCCGAGGUGAUGAAGUUCACUGACUUCAAAGAGGAGGGGAGUGAAAGUGCGGCUAAGGCUGCUGGGAAAUACAGGCAACAGGGCAGGAACUACAUCGUGGAGGACGGGGACAUUAUCUUUUUCAAAUUCAACACACCCAACGCACCCAAAAAGAAAUAACAAGACGACACAACCACCAGGGGGGCGACUCAGAAUACAGCUCAGUCGGGUCCCAGAGAGCUGCACUGUCUGCUGGUUUUUCUCUUUUGAAUUUAGAGGAUCAACUUAUAGCCUGAGUGGCUGCAGUUAUUUGGACAACAGGCUGUUAAAAUUACUGCAAUUAUAAAAAUGAUUUUUUGAGCAAACCAUAUUUUAGCAUUUAUAGUGUCAAGAAACAACAAAUGAACUGAAAAGAAAAAUAUCUAAGAACCUGCAACAGAAUGCAAUCAUGCAUUUUCUUUGUUAAUCCUACUGCCACUGUUCAUGUGUUUUUAACAUGCAACUGAUCUUUUUUUGAUGCUAUUUUUCAAAUUCUUUUUGAUUAAAGAAGCUCAGAGACUUUUUUUUGAGAGAAGUUUUUUCUGUUGCAGUUUAUCUGCACGGUCGUCUUUUAUUCCUCUGAGUAAUAACAACCUGCCAUUCUGUCAUUAGUUUGCAAUUGCGGCAAUGAUGGCAGCUGAUUAAUCUGCAAACGCUCAGAUCCUAAUGAGCUUCUUAAUUAGAGUUUUAUUAAUGGCAGGUGUACUAGAUCAGUAAAGCAGCUGUUUUGUCCUAAUAUGAGCAUUAAGCAACAGUCUGCUGCAGGUGAAUUGGUUUUAGAUCUGUUUCCCCCUACAAUGAAGAAGGACAUUACCAUUUAUUUCCCUUAAUUACACUGUUAGGGUAUCCACAGCAAAAUUAUCAUGACAUCACUUGAUGUUCACCACAAAAUGCUAGAAUGUGACAAUAAAAGCCACCAGUCAGUGUUUCACUCAGGGCAGGACUGCGUUGUGUUGUGAGCAGAUGGGAUGUUACAGAGCAGGCCUCCCUGACAGUGCCUGAUCAGACACCCGAGCAGAGAACGGUGUUAUACAACCUGCUUUUAUUGACUUACUUUGGUCUUGUUAAGCAAAAAAAAAAAAAGAAAGAAAACAGACUCUUCACAUUAGGAACUCCACCCAGUGUAACAAGACAGUGCUUCAUUGUGGAUCAUUUGGACUGUACAGCCUCAGAACACAUCAUGUUUCACCUCUCACUGCCUCCACAGUGUGAAUGUCUUUAUUUGCAACAGUACUCUUCAUCUCCUCAUCCAUUUGCUUCACUGUGGAGUAAAGUAGAAAUAUUCUCAACCUCCAGGAGCCAGUAUAUGAUAACUAUCCCCCUCAUCAGUAUGCACGUGUCAAUAAAAGGAGACCAACA